ACAACGCGCUCAGGUUGAAGCGCACAGAAGCAGCAGCAGCAGCAGAAGAAGACAGUGCAGCUGAGGGGCAGCAGACAGUCUCUGCUCAGGGUUCACUGGAGCACAGAACCACAGUACACUACUUCUUACUUACCCACCUUCUCUCAUACAUCGUGCAGACAUCGUGUCCCAGCGCUCAAUCUUUAUCUGCUCACCGACACGAACAUGGGACGAAAAGUGACUGUGGCUACUUGCUCGUUGAAUCAAUGGGCUCUGGACUUUGAAGGCAACUUGGAGAGAAUCCUGAAGAGUAUUGAGAUUGCGAAGAAUCGUGGAGCCAAAUACAGACUGGGCCCAGAGCUGGAGAUAUGUGGGUAUGGCUGUGCAGACCACUUCUAUGAGUCAGACACGUUGCUCCACAGCUUUCAGGUCCUUAGGAAACUUCUGGAGUCUCCCAUCACCCAGGACAUCAUCUGUGACGUGGGAAUGCCUGUAAUGCAUCAUAAUGUUCGCUACAACUGCAGGGUUCUGUUCCUCAACAGAAAGAUACUGCUGAUCAGACCUAAAAUACUGAUGGCCAACUACGGGAACUACAGAGAGAUGCGGUGGUUCUCACCUUGGAAUCAGUUAAGGAAAGUGGAGGAAUAUUUCCUGCCCAGAAUGAUCCAGGAGGUAACAGGGCAGGAUACAGUCCCAUUUGGUGAGUGUGUGCUCUCCACAAAGGACACCUGUAUUGGCACUGAAAUAUGUGCAGAGCUCUGGAACCCCAGAAGCCCCCAUAUUGGGAUGGGUCUAGAUGGUGUUGAGAUCUUCACUAAUUCCUCUGCUAGCCACCAUGAGCUCCGCAAAGCUGAUCAAAGAGUCACCCUGGUCAAGUCAGCCACCACCAAGAGUGGAGGUAUCUACCUGUAUGCCAACCAGAAGGGCUGUGAUGGAGACCGUGUCUACUAUGAUGGUUGUGCCAUGGUGGCCAUCAACGGAGACAUUGUGGCGCAGGGAGCCCAAUUCUCCCUUGACGAUGUGGAGGUGAUUAUAGCCACAGUUGACCUUGAGGAUGUGCGGAGCUACAGAGGAGAAAUAUGCCAGCCACACUUGGAAAGUGAACCCAAACCUUACCACAGGGUCAAAGUUGACUUCUCCUUAUCUACUGAUAAUGAUCUCUACCUCCCUACCCACCAACCAUUGACAUGGCCCUUUCAUACACCAGAAGAAGAGAUCAGUCUAGGGCCGGCCUGCUGGCUGUGGGACUACCUAAGGAGAAGUGGACAGGCUGGUUUCUUGUUGCCUUUGAGUGGAGGCGUCGAUAGCUCCUCCACUGCCUGUAUUGUCCACUCUAUGUGUGUGCUGGUGUGCCAGGCUGUGGAGGAUGGCAACAUCCAGGUACUGGAAGAUGUUCGCAGGGUGGUUGGGGAAGACUCCUACUGUCCCCAAAAUGCAAAGGAGCUAUGUGGUCGCAUCCUCACCACAUGUUACAUGGCCAGCAAGAACUCCUCUGAGGACACCAGCAACAGGGCCAAAGACCUGGCCAAUCAGAUUGGAAGCACACACAUGAAUAUUAACAUCGACAUGGCAGUGAAGGGCAUUCUGGGAAUCUUCUCCGCAGUCACUGGAAGGUGGCCUCAGUUUCGUGCCAAUGGAGGAAGCCACAGAGAAAACCUGGCUCUGCAGAACAUACAGGCUCGCGUCAGGAUGGUCCUGGCCUACCUCUUCGCCCAGCUGAGUCUAUGGGCCAGAGGUAUGCCAGGUGGAUUGCUGGUGCUGGGCUCAGCCAACGUAGAUGAGAGCCUGACAGGCUAUUUCACCAAGUAUGACUGCUCCAGUGCUGACAUCAACCCAAUAGGAGGCAUCAGCAAGACAGACCUGAAGAGCUUCCUGCUUUACUGUGUUGAGCAGUUCCAGCUCACUGCUUUGAGAGGAAUCCUUGCUGCUCCACCCACUGCUGAACUGGAGCCACUCACAGAUGGACAGGUGUCACAGACAGAUGAGGCAGACAUGGGGAUGACCUACUCCGAGUUAUCUGUGAUGGGGCGCCUGAGGAAGAUCUCCAAGUGCGGCCCGUUCAGCAUGUUCUGUAAACUCAUUCACAUGUGGAAGGACUCUCUCUCAACAAUGGAGGUAGCCCAGAAGGUGAAGCACUUCUUCAGGAUGUACUCAAUAAACCGCCACAAGAUGACCACGGCGACACCAUCUUACCACGCAGAGAGCUACAGUCCGGAUGACAACCGCUUUGACCUCCGACCUUUCCUCUAUAACACACGCUGGCCCUGGCAGUUCAAAUGCAUCGACAACCAGGUGUCUCAGAUGGCAGAAAAUACCCCAAAACAAUAACAGCCUGAGGUUUGGACUGACUAGUGAAAAUCCAUCAGAACUGGGAUGAAUCUGAAAAUCGAUUUGUUGGGAUUGUCUACAUUGUCUACAGCUUUUCUUCAAGUCAUGAUAAAAAAAUCUGUACAAUUGUGA